AAGUUAAUAAUAUAAAAUUAAUACUUCUUUGUCGAGAAAAAUAUAUAUCUAAGUUUUCAUGGGAAGAAAUUUUGAAAAAAUGUAUUGCUGAUAUUAAAGUUUUGGAAGUUAAUGGAAUCACGCUUGAUGUACCAAUCAAAAUAACAUUUAGAGGUAGUAUUGCGGCAAUGGUAGGGGACAAUUUAGGUAGCCAUCAAAUCGGUGGAUUAUCGCAAAGUUUUUCAACGAGCAAAGAAUUUUGCCGCUAUUGCGAUAUAACCAUGGAAGAAUUUCAAGAAGAUUCCUUAACAAAAAAAAAAUACUGAGAAGUAUAGAUACUUAUGAACAAAAUGCUGCGCUAGCAGAAAAAACUGAGAAAAUUGUCUGUGGCAUAAGGACGAAUUUAUAUCUCAAUAAACUAUUAUUAUUACCAUGUUAUUUUUGGACUUCCAUCGCCCAUGACUUAUUGGAAGGUAUUGUUGCACAUGAUGUUUGGCAUGUAAUAAAAUAUUUCACUUUAAAUAAGGUUUACAGUGUCACUUUUUAACUUCCGUAUUAAUAAUGUAAAUAAUUUUAGAAAUAAAUUUAAAAAAUUAACAGGUUCUGCUUCACAGUUGAGACGAUUGUUGUUAAUAUUGCCUAUCGCAAUAGCUCAUUUGAUUCAAAAUUUCGUUGAUGAUGUUUGGCAAAUGGUUCUUUGUUUACGAGAAAUUUGUAGUCUUGUAUGUGCACCGGCAAUAUCUAACAAACAAAUAUCAAUUUUACAGUAUAGAAUUAAUGACUACAUACAGUUAAGAAUUAAGUGCUUUUCAGAAAUAAAAUUAAGGCCAAAACAUCAUUAUAUUGUGCAUUAUCCAGAACUUAUACAAAUAUUUGGUCCUAUGAAACAUUUGUGGACACUCCGGUUUGAGAGUAAGCACAAAUAUUUCAAAUGUUACCCAGAUACUUGCUGAAAGGAUGAACUGCUACAAAGUUCAGAUAGAAAUGAUUUUAGAUCAUUAGUGGAUAUUAUAAAUGCUUGCAAAUAUAAUUCAGCCAAUUGCGAUGAAAAUAUUGUCUUAGCUAUUGAAACCUAUUUUAAGGAAAACUCAAGUUCCAUAAAAUACAUUUGUUCGGGUAUUACUUAUAUUGAUUAUCGCAAGGACAUGACAAUUUGCAUUGGUUGGAGCGAGUACGGAAAUUUAUUAGUUUGUAAAAUACAAGUUAUUAUAGUCGACAGUAGAUUCAAUGUUUAUUUCGUUGGAGAUAGUAAUGAGAUCAUAUAUUUACCAGAACUUGGUAUUUAUGAAGCCGCGAAUUCUAAAGGCAGCGUAAAUUUAAAUAAGGACUAUUCCGUUUUUUCUUUAUUAUCCUUGAUUUCACCUCAUCCACUUUUACAAUCUAAAAUUAAAUCCAUUCAGGUUUUUCUCUGUAAAUAUGCACCUUUUAGAGAUGGCAUAUAAUGAAUCUAUGGCGUACGAAUUUACAGUCUGCAACUUGUCGAGAGCGAAAAGAUCGAAGAUUAGAUUCAGUAAAGAAGAUGUCAGGGAUGGCAUUCUUGGAAAAUUGCUUACACAAUGAAACAGAAUGUUGAAAACAAAAGGCUUAUCGGUAGUUGCAGAGUCAGAUGGUACGUCUAUCGAGGACGACGAGACGUUGAAUUGUUUAGCAGAUGAAGUUCUUAUGAUUCUGGAAGACAGUGAUGAAUGAAAAAUCUCAGAGCCGGAUAAUGAAAACAAUCAGAACGCCAUAAACAACACUGAAGUAUGUACUCCUCCAGCCAAAAAAUCUAAAACGUCUGAUGCUGAAGUGGAAGAAGAUGACAAUGAUAAAAUUGAUAAAGAAAAUGUGUCAACUAUUUUAAAGCCUUACACAGAGUUCAAGAAUUUUAAAAUACCAUGGUCUAAACUGGAUUACAACUUACUGCAAAAGUUGAAAAAUGAGUGCGAUAAAAAAAGAACUCAAAAAUUCGUCUUAAAUAAGAUCGUUGAUGAGUUGAGCGUGCGUGGUCAGCAACCACAUACCCAUUGACGUACUUACACAUGUUGCAGAAAUAUUGGUUGAGAAAUUCCCAGAUACUUUCGCUGAUAAAUGGAAUGAUGGACUGCAAGGUAAAGGAACUGCAACCGCUGUCACGAAGAUGAAAAACCGCAACAAUUAUUUAAAUAGGCCACACAUGGGGGCAAGCAAUUAAAGUAAUUUUUUAAAAAUUUCAUUUAAGAGUCAAAACUUGGUAAAAUGUCUAGAAGUGGGGUGUUUGCAGUGGCAACCUUUGGCAUACGGCACCGGUGUAACUGAAGAUUCGGCAGACGAAGAUCGUCAGUUUUUAUUAUGAUUCAAAGAAUUCGAAGAUGAAGACAAGGAGACUUUUAACAAAUCUUGUGAGGCAAUAUUUAAUUCGUUUCCAUUACAGAGAUUGUUUUUAAACAAUUUCAACGACCUACCAAAAUUUGAAGACAUUGAAAUGACGUGGCCUUGUUUGCUAGACACGUUUUACAUGAUGCUCCAUUUCGAAUUUUUGACUGGCUACAGGUCUCAAAAUUUAAAAGAAAAAAUAAAGAAUGAUGUUCCGACUCUGUUAGCCUAUGGGACAUUGAAACAGUUGAUAGACACUAAUGAAAUUACUACAGAAAAAGAACAAUACAUUUCUGCAAUAAAAUUAAUAUUUAAAUAUUUGAAUGAAGAAUUCAGUAAUUUAUUUUUAACAAUACCGCCAAAUACAGAUCUCAGUGAGGUACUCCUGUCAGAAAACCAUCCAACAAUUCUGAUGAUCGAAUCAGUUACGGAAAAUGAUGCCGAUGCUGGAGUAACAGAAAGCGAAUGCCAGUACUCCCUUUUUAUGGAAUCCAAACUUGUUGACAAAUUCGAUUCAUUUUUGGAUGCGGUGGUUGUACUUCAUGCAUCUUAUUACAUGUUUAAUUACUUGUGGCCACAAAAAGUGCCAUGUUUUUUUGGAAUUUUUACAAAUGAGGUACAUCAAUAUAUUUCAUGAGAAAACAAGAGGAAGGUCGAAAAAAGUCACUGAAAAAGUGAAUUCUCUUUUUAGAAAA